AUGUCAACUCCACCCGAUAUAGACCUAUAUGCUGUGUUGGGUGUUUCGAAGGAUGCAACAACCGCCGAAAUUCGAGCCGCUCAUCGAAAGCGCGUUUUGAAAUGCCAUCCCGACAAAGUCCAAGAUGAAUCGCAACGAGCUGCGGCCCAGGAUGAAUUCCAGAAGGUCCAACAGGCAUACGAACUACUCUCGGACGACACUCGUCGCGCUCGCUACGAUCAACAAGCUGUGCAGAAGGCAAAAUUGGAGCAGCUGAAGCGUGAGGUUAGAGAGCAUCGCCGGACCGAAUCUGCAUACGCAACUCCUCGUGGUAGUGGCUCCGCGCAAGAGUUUCGCCAUGGCCACAAAGUAGAGGAGAGAGAGCCAAUGAGUUCAUUCUUCGAUGAAGAUAUACCAUUUACAGAGGAACCUCGACCCAUGGGUCGCAAGUAUCAAGAAUACGGCACGCGGCCCAUGCCCCGAUCUGCAUCCAAAACACGAGCUCCUUCCAAAUCCAGAGCUCCCUCUAAGACCCGAUCUCAAGACAAGACCCGGACGCCGUUAACCUCAGAUCGAGCAGCAAGGGAGGCUCGAGAGGCGAAAGCAGCACAGGAAGAUCGUGCAAGGCGCCGCGAUCAAGAACGACAACGACAAACCUCUGAGAAAUACAACUCAUUUAGCGCGGCCAAUGAUCAUUCCAAUGACGAUGUCUCCGACGACUCUAGCGGCUCUUACUACGUUCGUCUCAAGAUGCCCCGCCGUGCUCGUGAGUCUCGGGAGUCGAGACGUCCAUCAGAACCUUCGCACCGGCGUGAACGGGCUUACGAAGAGGACGACUAUCCCGACCGCUAUGCCAACAACAAACACGAUAGUUGGCACACGCAGGCCAAGAAGCAUAUUGAGCGGACCAAGUACGAAGGGGAGCGCCCACGAAACUCUCGCUCCCCACGGCGAAGCUCUCCCAAGCGGACCCCGAAGCAACCAUCUCCACAGCGAACCCGUGGAUACGAGGCGACGGAACCAGAAGCUGCAGCUUCACGGCACCCGGCUCGGUCCUCCCGCUCCACCCGGGAUCGGUCGUCGUCUCGCAACAAUUCUUACGAACAUCUGGAUUCUUCUCGAAACAAUGAGUCGAAACCACCUAAGAUGCCUUCCCCUUCCACACGGGGAAGUGACUUCAAAUCCCCUAAAAUGCCUAGCUCUUCUACUAUCCGCUCGACUCAGGACCAGUCCUCGUCACGCAGUAACUCUUACGAGCAUCUGGAUUCUCGAAGUAAUGAAAAGCCACCCAAGUUAUCUACUGCCUCCACUCGGACUGAGGAAUUCAAGCCCAAGAUGCCUUCGGCUGCAACAUCUCCAGCUUACAAGACCUCCUCCAUGCGCCCAUCAUUUUUCACCCGUUCGGCCACCCAUACUGGCUUCCAGCGGUCCAAAUCUAGUCGCGAAGGAUCCAUCUUGGACAAUAUGGUCCACGAGGCAGGCCAAGUACGAUCCAAAAAGUACGAUCCAUAUGACUCGGGAUACUCAAGUCCUCGCACGCCCGAAAUGCCUGGAAACAAAUCGCCUAAAGCGACUGCUCGCUAUACGUAUGACGAACCACGUAUCAUUAUCGAACCGAAGUCCAAGUACCGUUCUAGUUCGCCUGAAAAGGAUCGGGAUCGAGAUCGGGAAGGUCCCUCGCGGACUACUCCCAAGCGCUCCAGCACCCUCCAUCACGAGUCCGUCUCUUCUACCCGGCCCAAAAUACAAUCUGUGCGACCUCUUCGGAAAUAUGGCGAGGUACAAUAUUCCCCGCAUGUUCGACCUGAGGAUAUCACGUAUCAUGGUCGAGUUGAGGAUGUCAAGUAUACCCAUAUUCGACCGAAUGAUGCCACCGUGUCUGCCGGCCGGUCCAGUCACAGCCGGCAUCCCCCUCCCAUAGGACCGAGACGUCAAUCGGCCUACACGUAG